AUUUUUAAAUAUAAACGUUUGAAUAGAAGCGUCUGGCUAUAUCAUAAUAUUUGCUAAUAAAUUUCUUGUGGCCUAAUCAGUGGAAACAUUAGUUAAAAAUAUUACAAAUUUGAUUCAUUCAUAUAAUAAUUUAUCUGUAGUGUUCAAUACUACUUGAAUUUGUACGCAACAAAUGCUAUUUCUGUAACGGUGGACUCUUUUUAGGUUCUGUGAGCAAGAUUGAAGAAUAAUACUUACAAUAGUGGAUUUCAGUACUGUUCGACGUAUAUUUUAAUAUAUUUGAUAUGUUAUUACAAAUCCAGUUUGUUCAAUUAUGUAUAAUUUUGGGAUUGAGUUCGAUUAUUUUUACUUUAGUGGAUGCUACUGGUGAUAAUAAGAGUUGUGGCGUAGAUGGAGACUGUUUGUCUAGUCCCGUAGACUGUAAUGAAAAAUGCGGCUGUGAUAGAGCUUACUAUUAUAACAAAACAAGUGAAGAAUGCGUGUUGGAUGUAAAAUAUCUGAUGCGAACAAUUAUGACUACAUACGAUUCAACAGAUCACGAUAGUGCUACCGAAAAUGGGAUGACAAAGAAUAUACAAAUUGAGGCUGAAAAAGUCUUCAAAGGAAUUAUUGUGUCUGCAAUAAUUUUUAUAUCCUUUGCAUCUAUAUGCGUACUUACAGCAUGUUUAUAUUGUAUUCGCAUAAGCUACACAGAUCGCAAACUUAAAAAUGAUGUAAAGGCUUUAGCCAAGAAGUUGCACAGAGAUAAAAAAACUAAAAAGUCAAUAAUGAAGACACCACAGACACCUGAAUCGCAAAGUUGUAAUGUUAUAGUGGAAAGUGCUGGUGUUUUUGUUGUUUGAGAAGCUGUUGAUGUGCCAAGGGCAAAAGAAAAUUUUUAUUAUUUCGCCAAGUUUUCUCUUCUUUUUGAUAAGUUGUUUAUUGCCGUAUUCGUUGCAAAAUAAAUUUUGCCUUUUAAUUCUGUUUAUGAAUUUUACAGAAAUACAUAAAUUUAUUGAGA